UUCGGAGCCACAGCAGACACCUCUCGCUGAACGGGCAGAGCAGACAUGCUCUCCUCACGACGCCCGGUGUCCCCGGUGUCCCCGAGCCUGCAUCCUGAGAAGGGGAAGCACCCGAGCUUUGGAAGCAUGGCUAAGGUUUUGGAUGAGACUGAAACCAGUUCGGAGAGUACCGCGCCCAGAGAAGAACGGCAAGACAAUGCCACCGUGGAGCAGUACGUGAGAAAUAAAAACCUUGUUCUGGAUUUCCUGCACAACGACCUGAACCCUCGCCUCCUCCGGUACCACUGGAACAAAUUUAACCUUCUGAAGAAGUGUUACUUUUACCUGAAGAUUGAGCCCAGACACCUGUGCGUGAGAGACCAGAACAAUAUGAUGAUCUGCGCCGACAUCCUGCAAAUCGCAAACCCCUGCCAGCUCCAGAAGAUUAAGAAGGUGGGAAAAAACCAGACUGAAAUCCAGCUGGCACUUUUAACCGAGCUGUUGGAACAGUUGGAACGAGGCCGAAAGGAGCUGAGCCACUACGUGGAGACCUGUGACAUGGCCACUUUCCUCUCCCAAUGGGACCUGACUAUAAAGAGAGUGCUCAAGCUGUCUGUGCUUUUCAGUAAACUCAUUGCCUUGGAAGAGCCAAGAAAGCUCCAUGUCAAGCACAGUUUGGUGUCACAGGUAAUUCUUGGAGGUGCUGUACACCCUCACAUCAGUCUUUCUCUGUACACAAAGAAGCCACCGAUUUUUGAUCGGAGAGAGUCAUUUGCGUCCCAGAACUGGGCCCAGCUCAAGUGGAUUAAUGAAAACCAGGAGUCACACCUCGAGCGGUGGCAACUGGAGAUUAAGUUAGUGACAAAUGACAGUCAGACAGAGCCAGGAUACAGUCGGAUUCAGGAAGUCAUCUCCAACCCAUGUGUAAUCCAUCACCUGCAGCCUGGCAGAUUGUACGAAUUCCGAGUGAAGAGAUCCGACACUCACACACUUGUCUACUCACAGUGGCACGACCGCAUUGUAUUGAAGACAAAAACUGUCCCUGUUGAAGACACCAAUGGCAGCACCAACAGCAGCUUGAUGAGGCGGCUCACCAGAACAUCUUCCUCAUUUUAA